CUGUGCGGGAUCAGAUUCAGUGCUCGGGGUGCAGUCAUGGCGGAUAGCGCUAGCGAGAGUGAUACUGACGGAGCGGGGAGCAGUAGCUCGGCCACGCCGCUUUCCUCUUCUUCGUCCACCGCGACCGCUCCGGCUACAGCCAGGGACGGCAAGCAGGGCGUGUUUAUCUCGGCGUUUCGGCUGGAGGAGCUGACGAACCGGCUGGCGUCCCUGCAGCAGGAGAACAAAGUGCUGAAGAUCGAGCUGGAGACGCUCAGGCUGAAGUGCAAGUGUCUGCAGGAGGAGAACCGCGACCUGCGCAGAGCCAGCGUCACUAUCCAAGCGAGGGCGGAGCAAGAGGAGGAGUUCAUCUCCAACACCUUGUUUAAGAAGAUCCAGGCUCUGCAGAAAGAGAAGGAGACGCUCGCCGUGAACUAUGAGAAAGAGGAGGAGUUCCUUACUAACGAUCUGUCCCGGAAACUCAUGCAGCUCCAGCACGAGAAGGCCGAGCUGGAGCAGCACCUGGAGCAGGAGCAGGAGUUUCAAGUCAACAAGCUGAUGAAGAAGAUCAAGAAGCUGGAGAACGACACCAUCACCAAGCAGCUCACCUUAGAGCAGCUGCGUCGUGAGAAGAUCGACCUGGAGAACACGCUGGAGCAGGAGCAGGAGGCGCUGGUCAACCGGCUCUGGAAGCGCAUGGACAAGCUGGAGGCCGAGAAAAGGAUCCUGCAGGAGAAGCUGGACCAGCCGGUGUCGGCCCCGCCCUCCCCGCGAGACGUUUCCAUGGAGAUCGACUCACCUGAGAACAUGAUGCGGCACAUCCGUUUCCUCAAGAGCGAGGUGGAGAGGCUGAAGCGCAGCCUGCGCACGACUGAGAUGCAGCACACGGAGAAGCGAGCGCAGUACAUCGAGGAGGAGCGACAGAUGCGGGAGGAGAACAUGCGCCUGCAGAGGAAGCUGCAGCGGGAGAUGGAGAGGAGAGAAGCUCUGUGCAGGCAGCUGAGCGAGAGUGAGAGCAGUUUGGAGAUGGAUGAUGAGAGGUAUUUUAAUGAGAUGUCUGCUCAGGGACUGAGAGCUCGUACCGUGUCCAGUCCGACCCCCUACACUCCCUCCCCCUCCUCCAGCCGCCCCAUCUCGCCAGGUUUGUCGUAUGCCAGUCACACAGUGGGCUUCACACCUCCGGCCACGCUGAGCCGAGCCCCACACGCACACUACACACCCCCGGGACUGCACAUCCACCCUGGACCCUCCCACGGAGUUCAGAGGCCGUCCCCCAGGAGAAGCAGCAGUCCGGAUAAGUUUAAGCGCCCGACGCCGCCCCCUUCCCCGAACACACACUCCGGAGCGCAGCAGCAGCCUCCUCCUCCUCCUCCACCCCCGCCGGCCGCUCCGUCCGGCUCCUCACACCCUCCCGCUCAGCCUUAAAGCAUGCACGCACAGCACAACUCAACAAUCCGCGAAGGGAAACAGCCGGACUGGGAAGCUUUAGCCGCUCGUGUCUCCGAUCGCGGCGCGCGUUUCGAUUUAGAGCGAUUCACUGAAUAAAAAUGUCUUCUUUUUUUUUUUGUUUGUUUGUUUUAAAGUUGCUUUCUGGCACUGAGCCUCAUUUCAUCUGCUCGCUUAAACCUUAGCAAUGAGGCGAAUACCGAAAUCACUUUCACGUGAAUAUUCCAACAAAAAGAAAUGUGUGGAAAACAUGAUGGUGGUGUUCAGGACAGAGGAUGUGGUUAGAUAGCACAGCUGAUCUGGUGAAGCCUCGUGCAAGUUGAUUUGUUUGGUGUUAUGUGUGUGUAAAAGUUGUGUAGAAAGUAACGACGGGGCAGAAAUUAGACUUUAAAACAGCACUUGUUGCUUAUUUGCAUGUGUACAUAAGUGCAGCGUGUGUGUGUGUGUGUGUGUGUGUGUGCUGGUUUCUGAGAUUCUCCUCCAAUUAAAGCAACAAUGCAUUUCUUUUUAAAGGCUGCUAAUUAGCCUAGCAUCGUUUAUAUAUUCGAGUAAGAAAACAGGAUUCUGACCAAACUGUGCUGCUCUACAAUGCUGAGACAACGAUUGUGGUACUCUGUUCGUGAGUCUAAUAACGGCUUUCUUUCUAUGCAGGUUCAACCCUCAAAAUAAUCAUAAAUUUAUCAUCUGAACCACCAGUUGUUCUCUCUAAUCCUCAGUUUGCCGUCCGGUCCGGUUUCCCUAAUCGAUCAUCGGCCACGCCAAACGAAGAUCUAAACAUGCCAGAUAUGAUUUUGUAACACUCAGUGGCUCGUUAGUGAUGUCACUACCGCGAAGCGAGGGACCUAAAUCUUCCGUGUUGUCUUGCGGCAGUAACCAAUAGCAUCUGUGAGCUUGCGUAUGCAGAAGAGGGCAGAUGGCGCGCUCGUCCGAGUGUGUUACGCUGCCCCGUGAUUCAGCAUGAGCAGCAAGGCGCAAAGAUCGUGCUGUCUACCUUCACGUGUCUCGUCGUCGUCGUCGUUUUAAUAUCUCAUCCUCUCCCGCUGAAGAACUCGCCGUGGCACGUAAUUAUCGCUUGCUACGAGACCGUACCGACGCGGCACGUCAAGUCGAAUCUGAAUUCAUUAUGAUCCGUGUUUAAUUCCAACCUGAAUUGUUUCUCUGAGGUUCGGGUUUAGAGAUCUGUUCCUAGAUCCUUUUUUUUAAAUUUAUUUAAAAAAAAAUAUUUUAAUAUGAGCUCCGCGUCCAUCUGUAGACACUCCCCAGAGAUACUGUUCUUGGAUCGGCAUCUUUUUUUUUUCGUUUUUUUUUUUUUUUCUUUCUUUUUUUUAAAUACUGGUCUCAGAUCAGCAAGCAGAAAUCGGCGGUCCAGAGAGCAUGAGGAAGAUGAGUCAGCUGCCUUUAACCGAAAUGUCACUGUCAUAAGAAAAUAUACCAACAGAAGCAGGUGAGAGAUGAGGUACUGUUGAACAAAUGAACCUUGAUACAAUUAAACGCUUGUACAAAAA